ACAACUACAAUCACUGGGGCACCAGGAGGGCUAGUCAACUACUCUAGUACACGUACUGGGGUACCAGGAGGGCUAGUCAACUACUCUAGUACAGGUACUGGGGUACCAGGAGGGCUAGUCAACUACUCUAGUACAGCCUGUACUGGGGUACCAGGAGGGCUAGUCAACUACUCUAGUACAGGUACUGGGGUACCAGGAGGGCUAGUCAACUACUCUAGUACACGUACUGGGGUACCAGGAGGGCUAGUCAACUACUCUAGUACACGUACUGGGGUACCAGGAGGGCUAGUCAACUACUCUAGUACACGUACUGGGGCCCAGCACCAGGAGGGCUAG